ACAGAAAUUGGCAUACUGGCUAAGUCAUAUAUUGAAAAAGGGCAACUGAUUCCCGAUGACAUCAUGACCCAGCUGAUGCUGAGCGAGCUGAAAACGCUAGAUCAGAAGCACCUGCUGCUGGAUGGCUUCCCCAGGACUGUCCCACAGGCUGAAUCGCUGGAUAAGGUGUGGCCAAUUGACACCGUGAUUGUUUUAGACGUUCCUUUUGAGACCAUCAAGCAACGUUUGACUGCACGCUGGAUUCAUCCUGCUAGUGGCAGGGUGUACAAUCUUGAAUUCAACCCUCCCAGAGUCUCUGGCCGUGAUGAUCACACAGGGGAGCCUCUUGUUCAGCGUGAUGAUGAUAAACCGGAAACGAUUAUGAAGAGAUUGAAAUCUUAUGAAGCAGAAACCAAACCUGUCCUGGAGUAUUACCGUCAAAAAGGAGUGCUGGAAUCUUUUUCUGGAACAGAGACCAACAAAAUCUGGCCUCAUGUUUAUCGUUUCCUCCAAACGAAGCUGCCUGAAGUGAAUCACACGGGUUGA